AUGUCUCGUGCUGACUAUCUUUCAAAGUACCUAUCAGGACCAGAGGAAAAAAAAAAGAAGAAGAAAUCAAAAAAAGGAUCUUCAGCUACGAAUGUUGCGGUCAUUGUGGGGGGAGUUCAUAGCAUGAAAGAUGAGGUUGAAUCACAGGAUGCGCUACUAGCUACGGCUCAAGAUGGAGAGAAUGAAUAUCUUCCGGCAAAAGUUGAACUUCCUAUUGCUCUGAAAGAGAAUAAAGGGUUCAAGAGAAUCGAUAAUGGACAAAUUAGCAAACCCAUGGAGACUCAAACUGUCGCAAAAGAGCAACCCAAGACGGUCUACAGAGAUCAAAGUGGACGCAUUAUCGACUUGGAUACAAAGAGACAAGAGAUGAAAGAAAAAGCAGAAAAAAAAGCCCUAGAGGACGAACAGUUACGAGACCAGAUCAACACGGGAGACUUGGACAAACUCAGUCGGGAGGAAAAAUCACAAGCAGAAUCCGAGGCAAAGAGGUUUGCCUAUGCAACUACAGACAAGCAGUAUGUUGAUCACAUGAAAAGCAGGAGACAUUUUGAAGAUCCAAUGGCUCUGUUCGAAACUACGGAUAACAGUAGGCAGGAAACAACAACAAAAAUAGGGCGACCGGUCUACAACGAGGGUAUUCAUCCCUCAAACAGAUUCAAUAUUAAAGCUGGCUAUUUUUGGGAUGGCAUUGAUAGGUCCAACGGAUUCGAAGACCGUCUUCUCGAAAAACGUAACCAGCAAUAUGUGCAAAAAGUCACCACUAAGGCGUCUUUGGAAUCGUACACAGAGUACGAUUUUGAGUAG